CACACACACUUGGGUCAGCACACAAAGAUCAGGAAACACAAUCAUACAUCAGGGGUCUUAUGGCUAAGUUUGCUAAAAGUCGCAUCUCUGUGCCAGACGCCUCCAGCAAAGAAAAGGUCCGCGCUGUAUCCUCUGUUAAAUCUUUAAUAAGUGUUUUGGAGGCAAAUCUAUCACAUGCUGCGAACACAAUCAGUGGAUGCCAUACUCAGAGAGGCACUGACUCCUCUAGAUCCAGUGUCUCUCUUGCUUCAGCCAGCACAACCAGAGAGCAAAGUCUGACUGACAGCAAUGGUUGUGUGAAAAACAUCAUCUGCACGAAACCCCCCAUGCUCCCUAAAACACUGAAACCAAAAUCCCUAAAAACACAUGAAACCCAAAAUAAAUUUCAAAGAGAGAGCAGUCGGCCCUGUGUUCCCGUGAAGAAGCUACCUGAUGUGCGUGUCCUGAGAGGCCCUCCUCCGAAGCCUGACAGACCUCCAAAUGUUGACAUUCGUCGAUUCAGAAGGAGUACUAAACCUUUGAAUGAUGGACCAGGGAUGAUGAUGCCACGCUGUGUUGCUCCUUCACUUGCCCCUCCACCAUUCAACCACAUAGCUGUUUUCAGGUGUACAAAGUUGAACACCAUGAGCCCUCCGUCGCACCCCAAUGAAGAACAUCCUUCUAACAGGACAGAGAAUAAAGGACCUGCUCAUGUAAUUGAGAAGGGCAAGACACCUGCUGGUUAUAAAGGAGGAGAAUCAGCAUUCUCUCUGAAUCAAGGAAGGAUCAUUCAGAGCACAGUUGCAGAGGAUCCCAUUUACGAUGAUGUGGAUAAUCCAGAGACAAGAGGUUUUCUUCUGCCGCAACCAACCACAGAUGGAGAUGACAUAUAUGAUGAUGUUGAUUACCAGAGAGCUCUUCUGCCUUUUGAUAGGCCUGAUAUUUAUGACAACAUGAAUGAAGGUUACAUCUAUGAAAUCGAGUAAUCUACAAUAAUAACAAUGACAAUUUGAAGAGCACAGAUCAUCAUUACAUGUAAUGAACACUGUUUAAAUUAUCAUGCAUUUUUGAAAAGCAUUAAUAUUAGUAAAGAUACAUUCAUACAUCUACUUCAUGAUGUAUAACUAAUACAUGGUUUUGGUGAACAUAAUGUUUCAACCUGUUGCAGCAGCCACCUCUGUAUGUUAUUAAAUGUGGCAGUGCUGAGCUUUUGAACAGUUAACAGUGUAAUGGUGACGUGCUUUGACAAAUAAGGACAAAUCCUUAUUCUCUUAAGUCAGUGUGUUGGCUGGUAUAUUAUUAGAGAAAAAAAUUGUAAUCAUCUGCAUUUAAGCAACUUGUCUACA